AUGCACUUGCACGGAGAACUGCUGUGCAACAUUUCAGAGCUAACAGAAAAGCAAAAAUAUGCUGACAAACAAAACACAUUUUUAUUCUACGCAAAUGAAAGGAAGAAAGAAGGUCCAAAGAAAGAAGAUUCGUUUUCUGAAGAAAAAGAAAUUUCGAUCGCUGAGAACAUCUCAGACGUCGAUGAAGAAACCGCAGGGGAAUACCGGAAAAUCGGAAGACUUGCACGAUUGUGCGUCGACGAAUGGAAAUGCAUAAAGAGUGGAGGCAACGAUUUAAAAAAGGUGGGGAGUAGCGAACUGCAUUCUGACCGUCGGGCCGCGUUCGCGUAUUGCAUCACAGGUAGAACAACUAAUUGCGCUGCACUUGCACGAACGAAGUACACGGAGCGAUCGGAAAUUCAACUUAAUACUCAAAGUCGAACUCGUACGGUGACAAAUCCUCCGCUUCCGUUCGGCGUUUUCGUUUUCGUUUUUCGAUUUAGUAGUCGCCCGUUACAGCGCGAAUCGGUGUUCCUUUGGCCGAAGAAACCGGAAGCUGGUCACAUGAGCCGCGGAUCUAUUUCUAGUUGGCAGGAUUAUGGACGCAGAAAUUCUCAAAUUAUGCCACAGUUCAGUGGCAGUCCGGUGGAGUUUAUGACCUGCGAUGAUAUAGAGUACAAAAGGGACAAUGGUUGGUUUUUAUCCUACACGAAGAUAGCGGCGAUUAUCAUAGUAUUUAUUAUUGGCAUAGUCGCCGCUGGAUUCCUCGGAUGGUACAUCAACUCCUUGCCAAAGAAGAAAUCUUACGACACCAUCGAUCUGCUCAACGAUGAAAUCGAGGAUCCCGAGAGCAUCGAGGCGCCGAUUUCUCCUUUCGUUUAUCCCUUGAAAUACUGGCUCGGUGUAACUCCAAUAAUUAAUAUUAAUGGCCCGUCCAGGCUGAAGGGCCGCGUGGUUAUCGAAUUCCAAGUAAACGACACGACAAGUUUAAGCAAACUGUCUUUAAACGCGAUAAACAUCACGUUGUCGCGUUAUAAACUAUCCAUGUUGGAUCCAGGGGAAGAGAGAAAUAGAACUCGAUCAAGGAGGAGACGACCGAGAUCCGAGGAUGAAAUUAAUUACCUGAGUUACAAGGACGACGAAACGUUUGCACGGUAUUCCGUGGAACGGGACGUUAUAGUAACGCUGACGGAGAAUGAAACGGAAGACAUAUCUUUCAUCGAGUUCUCGGAAGUAUCUUCGAUAAAUGGCGGCUCGUUUUAUAAAAAUGACACCAAUUCAACGGAAAUUGAGAUUACACAACACACGACGGACGAGAAUAACGAAAUUCACACGAUUCACUUGGGUACUCGGAUUCAAGGAGGAAUUUAUUCCCUGGAAAUCGAUUAUCAAGCACAAAUCGACGACAAUGCAUUCUUCGUUGCUAAUUACACUUCGUCUGGCGAUGAAAAGUGGCUGAUGGGGACGAAAUUGAAACGUUUCGAUGCUCGAUACCUUUUCCCAGUUUUUGACGAGACGGACCACAAGUCAAUUUUCUCCAUAUCCGUGGCACGUUCCAAGGAGACGAAAGUCCUUUCGAACAUGCCUCUGAAGACCUUGAAAGAAGUACCGAACACAACGAUGGUGGUCGACACGUUCGAGGAAUCCCCGCCACUUUCGCCGCAGAGUUUAGCUUUUCUGAUGGGGCACAUAGAGGAUACUGGGACGACACUUGUGGGCGAUUUCAAGGUACCCGCGACGUUUUGGAGCGAUUCUAAGGAACGCUCACAGGGGAUUUACCUAUUCGACAAACUCGAGCCAGCUGUCGUUAACCUGAUCGACGCGUUCCCGGUACCCUACUCUCUGCCUAAGUUGGACCUUGUAUGCUUGCCCCCGGGGAUCGACGAGAGCAUAGCCAGGCCUGGACUAAUAGCAAUGAAGCAGUCGUCGUUCUACGCCACCGCAACAUCGCCGCUGGUCACGAAACACAAUGCUCUGAAGAUUCUAGUCAUUUUGUUCGGACAGCAAUUGAUCGAUGAAUUUAUGAACGCGAAUCGGACGGACGCGUGGGUCUACAAGGGAUCGUUGCUUUAUUUCCAACACGAGAUCGUUCCAAAGAUAGAUUUGUCAUUGAACUUGAGCAAUUCGUUCAUCACCGACGUCCAAUUACAAGUCAUGGAAAGUGACGGUUACAGCAUCUCGAGGCCGUUGCACGAAAGCAGCAAUUAUCGACUGUUGCACACCUUCAACGAUGAGUACGCGAAAGGUGCAUGUCUGAUACGCAUGUUGCAUGGCGCGAUAAGCGAUACCGCCUUUAGGAACGGCUACGAGAAAUUGAUAACGAGGUGGAAAUACAAUACUACGUAUGUUGCCGAUUUUAUGAGUGCAAUGGCGGAGGAGGCUACCGAUGAUUCCUCAACCAUUGGAGUUAGUUUGGAAGAAGCUAUGAAUUCUUGGAUCUCCCAAGGCGGAUAUCCGGUUGUCACCGUCAUCAGAAAUUACGAAACAGGAACCGCCACUAUUUACCAGGAACAAUUUGCAUUGGAUAAACCGCUAGAAAAUAUCUCCAGGUUUUGGCAUAUUCCACUGAGCUAUAUUAACGAGAACGGUAAUUGGUCGUAUCCUGAAAGAACAUGGUUUCAACCCGAGCCAAAAUUCACUAUGGACAACGUUGGCUCGAACGAUUCUUGGGUUCUGUUUAAUAUAAACAAAACUGGAUACUAUCGUGUACACUACGACGAAAUAAAUUGGAUGCUUCUGAGCAGGGCAUUGCAAGAAAAUCACGAACAGUUUCCGGCGGAAACGAGAGCCUCUUUAAUAGACGAUAUUUUCAGCCUGGCCGCGAUGGGUUUGAUGAAAUACGAGUUUGUUUUCGACUUUAUUAAAUAUUUGCAAAUAAAGGAGCGGCACUAUCUGCCUUGGACUGCGUUCAUGCAACACGCGUUCAAACUGAACAGGCUUUUGUACGAUACUUCCAUUUUUACCGAUUUCCAGGAGUUUAUAGUGAAGUUUGUUUCCCCCCUGUACAACGAAGUGGGAUUGAAAGUCGAAGAAGGUUCGCAUUUAACGAUGAUCGCUGUGAAAAUGGCAUGUAUGUUCGAACACACAGAGUGUUUGGACUGGGUCAAAGGUGUUUUCGAAAAUGCAAAGACUGAUGAGGAAAUCCAGGAAUUCAUCCCUUCGUACAUUCGUGAAACGUUUUAUUGCACUCUUGCGCGUUAUGGUACGCGAAAGGAAUGGAAUUACUAUACCGAACAAGUAACUCUGACUGAAGACGAGGAAGAGAGGAAACAAUUGUUAUCGUCGUUCGCCUGUUUCCAAGCUCCGUGGAUUCUUCAAUCUAUACUCAACGAAAUCCUCCACGAAGAAACGUUCCAGGAGGACGAGGUGUCAGUUAUUUUAAAAUCGUUUCCCCGAAAUCCAGCCGCGGCCCAAGCUGCAUCUCGGUUCGUUCGAGCAAACUGGCAAGAAAUUGCACAAAGAUUUGCCGGCUCUUACACGAUUCUGAAGUCUUUUGUGUUAUCCAUGAGCAAUGGUCUAACCACCGAACAAGAUUUAGAAGACCUUCAAUUGUUCAGAGAAAAUAACUAUGACAGCAUGAAGGGCGCGAGGUACGCAGCAGCGCUCGUCGAAGCUAAUGGAAAUUUCGUAACGUCGUGGUUGAAAAAUUCACUGUUCGAAAUUGAGAAAUCGUUGAAAGAAGAAACGAUCGAUCAGAGAUCGGUCUCGUGAACGCUGCUAAUAAAAAAAAAUAAUAAAUGUAAUUAAAGCUGCGUUCUAAGAAGUUCGAUAGAGAGUUUUGGGAAGACUUCUUUGCUGUAACUUUUCGCGGGCAUCGUGUUAAUAUAUUGAACCAUGAAAACGUGUUAACAUUUCGUCACUCAUUUGUUGAAAAGUUCUACAAAUAAAUGCAUAUAAAUAUUUCGUACUUACACGAUUAAAUGAAGAAUGUUAUACGAUUCAUUUAUAAUUUAUUAAUAUAGUAUAGUCUUGCUAGCUGAUUGUAAUUGUUAAAGUCGUGUCGAUACUUAGAAAUAUUCGUGUCCUGCGUUAAUUAUUA